UCGAUGUAUUAACUAUUGCAUGUGUAGACAUCAAAUAUUUUCUAAAUGCCGGUAUUGCAAAUUUAUAAGGUACUCAAUUUUAGGCAGAAAUAAAUGAAAGCUAUGGCUUUAAUAGUUCAUAUAAACCCACCUGAAGAUGGUUUAAUUUAUACAGCUAAUAAUACCAAGUUGAAAAUUGGAGAUAAAAUUGUGGGAAAAGGAACAUUAUAUAUAAGCCAAAACUAUUUUGGAUGGCAGGCUGAAAAUAUGAGUGAAGGUAUUUCUAUACCAUGGAAACAAAUUAGCGUACAUGGGAUAUCAUCAAUUCCAUCCAAGUGUAUAUACUUUAUGUUAGAUCAUAAUCUUGAAUGGCGAGGUGUAUACGAUAAGGAAACACGGGCGUCGGCUCCCAAUAUAAGCAGGAAUGGAAAUGUUAAUGGCGCGGAAGUAGCCCAGCAGAUAAAUGGAGAGAUUGUGCAUAUGGAACAACAAUUAGAUGAUGAAAGGAAUAUUGAUGUGGAUGAGGGAAAUGUUACUGAUGAUGAAGGCGAUAACACUGAUGACCAUUUGACUGAAUGUUGGAUUCUACCAGAUGACGUGAAUACUGUUGAUAUAAUAUUUCAAGCAAUGACGGAAUGUCAAGCCCUUCAUCCAGAUUCCGCUGAUAGUCUCUCUGAAGAAAGUGAUUUUAUGGAUGAUGAUGAUGGGAAUAGUAUUGAAAGUGUUCCAGUACUUGUGGGAAAUGAUGAAAUAGAUGACGCUGAAGACGCACAAGGAGGAAUACGUAAUUUAAAUUUAAAUGAUGAACGUUUUGCAGAUGCAGAUGAGUAGACAUGAUCAGUAAAUAAAACAUUUUUUUUAAGAAAAAAAACGAA